CAUCUUUAUUCGUAUCGGAACUACAAAUUCUUAAAUUAUAUAUCAUUUGUAUAAAUUAAAAAUGUAUGAUAUAGGGAAAAAAAAAGCGACAUGGAAGAGUACACGCGGGACCAGCAGCUCAGCCGCCCAGCCAGUCCCCUUCUUCCACAACCUUCCGGUCACAUGCAGAAAUUCAGUUGACCCCACCACUGACGGCACCGACGAAAUAUCUGGAACGUUCACGAACCACAGGCUCCCGCCGUCGCGACCCGAACGUCCGAAAUGUCAGGAUUCCAACCCGACCCGAACGUCCUCCCCAACCGCGCAACGGAAUCCACCACGCCAUCAGGUAAAAUAGGGCCCACAGCUCAGAGACCCAGCGCGCCAGCCUAGAAUCUUCCAGAACCUUCACCCCACCCGUUGCCUUGCUCCGUCUUAUAUACCCCUCCUGUUCCAAAUCCGCUCAACAUCUCUCUCACGAGAAAAACAGAGAACUCGCCGGCAAAAAGGGCAGAGGCUCCUCCUCCUCCUCUUCUUCCCCCUCGCUCUCGGCUCUCGCUCGAUCGGCUCCCUCCUCCCUCCCUGCCAUGGACUCGGCGAACCGCGACAACAUGGUGGCCGGCAUCCUGCGGCUGUUCAUGGGGAUGGCGAGGGGGCCCUCGGCGGCCGACGCAAUGCCGCGGGCGGGCGGCGGGCUGACGGUGAUGCACUUCGUCUUCGGCGGCGACGGCGGCGACCUCUUCUCCAGCGGGGUCGGCGCCGGCGUCCCGCCGGCGUCCAAGGCUGCGAUCGCCUCGCUGAAGGAGGUCCAGGCCCCCGGCGGGGAGGGAGGCUCGCUCGGCGACUGCGCGAUCUGCCUCGACGCGUUCGGGGCCGGCAAGGAGAUGCCGUGCGGGCACCGCUUCCACGGGGAGUGCCUGGAGCGGUGGCUGGGCGUGCACGGGAGCUGCCCCGUCUGCCGCCACGAGCUCCCCAAGGCGGAGCCGGCGGCCGAGGAGCAGGAGCAGGAGCAGAGCGGCGACGGCGAGAGGCGCCGGCCGGUGCUGGUCAGUAUCAUGCUGUUCUCACGAGGCGAGAGGCCGCAGGAGGAGCCGAUCAACAUUAGGAUCGAGGACGUGGAUUAGGAGUAGGGUUAGUGCUUCCAAUUGGUUCCCAUUGGUUCUGUUCAUGGCGGCGGCGGUUUGCUUGUUUCUUCAUCAUCUUCGCUGUACAUAUGCUACUACCAAUUAUUGCUGAAGACGAAAGGAUGAGAAAUUGGCCAUUGGGGUUAAAA